AUGACUCAGUCGUUAAUGGGCCGAUACCAAGAAUACUCGCGCCGAAAAAUGAUCCCUUUCCGAACAAUGGUUGAGCUUGGUAAAAUUUUCAAAAACUUCUUAUAUUUCAUCCUGAAAUGCCAUCAAUACCAAGGAUUAGCUGAUCUUCUUAUGAGUUUUAAAUUUCUUCAUAAUUUCGGUGAAACCUUAGGAUUUGAUAUGGAAUCUUUACCUACUCUGCAAUCGCUGCAUAAUGCUUUAAGUCAUGAAAAUGCUGCUGAAGCUGAAGAUGAACUUUUAUCUGUCAUAACUCAUCUUUUAGUCUGUGCCAUUGAAGAUCCAGGCAUUCAAUUGUUACAACGAACGUUACAAACUUUCAGAAAGUCUUAA